AAACGUUGCUCUUUGGGACACUGGACGACUUUGCUGGCCUAACAACUGUUCACUGUGAAGACUUUUGCUAGAGAAGCCAAGAUGUUGCGACGCUUUACACCUGUUCUUCAAAGAUGUCUUAUACAAGGAGCAAGAAGACAAGCUCCAGUGGCACAAAUUGCUGUGCAAAAACGGUUUGCUCAUGUCCAGGAACCUGAUGAUGUAUUUGAUGCAAGAUGGGAGGCAUACUUUAACAGGCCAGAAAUCGAUGAAUGGGAGUUGCGUAAAGGUCUUAAUGAAAUCUAUGGGCAUGACCUUGUUCCAGAACCAAAGAUUCUUUCAGCUGCUCUGAGGGCAUGCAGACGUCUUAAUGACUUUGCAAUGACUGUCAGAAUUUUUGAAAUGGUCAAGGACAAAUCAGGAGGGAGCCAGGAAAUAUACAGCUACAUCAUUCAACAAUGCAAACCCACAAUGGAUGAAUUAGGCAUCAACACCCCAGAGGAACUUGGACUAAACUGAAUAUUGUUUUUAGCUUGAUAAACCACAUUAUGAAGAUUGUUAGUUUGUUACAAUAUCGUUCUGUUUUGAUAGAUUUCAUCACCAAUAUUACAUGGAAAUGACAAGCCAUAUAGAAAACAA